AUGACAAGAGACGAAGAACGCUCUUCAUUCCAUAGCUCUCUUGACGAUGAUAGCAACUCACUAGAGCAGCGGCGCACCAACUACGAUGAACGACCCAACGCAGCGCUGGAGAAGCAGAGUACGGCGGCCUCUGCCCUGUCAGUCUUUGAACAACGUGCGCAGUCGGUAGUUUCAAGAAUUCGCAGUCGAGAACCUGGUCAGACUGCACGCUUCACGCACCCUCUGACACAUACCAAAACAUCAACUGAUGUGAUUGUGGACUUUGAGGGGCCUGAUGACCCGUAUCUCCCGCUUAAUUGGAGUUUUAGGAAAAAGGCUAUCACCACUCUAUUGUAUGGGCUGACAACAAUGGGUGCGACUUGGGCCAGUUCGAUCUACUCCACAGGCACGAGACAAGUCGAUGCGGAAUUCGGUGUCGGCGAGGAAGUUGGUACUCUUGGUACAGCAUUGCUGUUAUUCGGGUUUGGGCUCGGACCGCUUGUAUGGGCACCGUUAUCUGAAGUCUAUGGGCGUAAACCCGCCGUUUUAGCCCCAUACUUCAUUGCCGCUGUAUUCUCCUUUGGCACCGCUACCGCCAAAGAUCUGCAAACUGUUAUGAUCACUCGGUUUUUCACCGGAUUCUUUGGUUCAGCACCUGUCACUAAUACUGGCGGUGUUCUGAGUGAUAUUUGGACUGCGGAACAGCGAGGAGCGGCCAUUGUUGGUUAUGCUAUGGCCGUGGUUGGAGGACCGGUGCUGGGGCCCAUUGUUGGUGGUGCAAUCGUUCAAAGCUAUCUUGGUUGGAGAUGGACUGAAUAUCUCACCGGUAUAAUGAUGAUGUUCUUCCUCGCGAUGGACGUUCUGUUCCUAGAUGAAAGCUACCCUCCGGUGUUAUUAGUCUACAAGGCCCAGAGACUUCGAUUUGAAAGUGGCAACUGGGCUCUCCACGCGCGCCACGAGGAAUGGGAUGUCACAUUCAAAGAACUCGGCAACAAGUACCUCAUCCGCCCCUUCCAGCUCCUGACAACCCCAAUUUGUUUCUUGGUUGCUCUCUACGCCUCAUUUGUUUACGGUAUCAUCUACCUCAGUUUGGCAGCUUUCCCCGUCGAAUUCCAAGAGGUCCGAGGCUGGAAUCAAGUUGUCGGCGCAUUGCCAUUCCUGGGGUACCUAGUCGGAAUCCUCUUCGGCGCGGCCGUCAACCUUCUCAACCAAAAGUUUUACGUCAAGCGCUUCAAAGCAAACAACAAUUUCCCCGUUCCCGAAGCCCGCCUUCCCCCGAUGAUGCUAGGAUCCGUUUUCUUCGCCGCAGGCAUGUUCGUGUUCGGCUGGACCGGUCAGCCGGACAUUCACUGGAUCGGCCCCAUAAUGGGUGCCGUGAUGAUGGGCUUCGGCUUCUUCACUAUCUUCCAAGCUGCCCUCAACUAUCUGAUUGACACCUUCCAGAAAGUGUCCGCCAGCGCUGUGGCAGCUAAUACUUUCCUUCGGAGUGUCUUUGCCGGCUGUUUCCCGCUCUUCGCCAGUAUUAUGUUUCGCAAGCUGGGUGUACCCUGGGCUGCUAGUGUUUUGGGCUUUGUUUCAGUUGCGCUUAUACCCAUUCCGUACUUGUUUUACAUCUUUGGGAAGCGCAUCAGGGCCGCUGGGAAGUGGUCUCGUGCUUCUGUAUAUGGGGACUGA